GGCCCCGCCCCGCUGCCUCACGAGCUUCCGGUCACCGGAGCCCCGCCCCCUCCCAGUGCAGCCGGGAACAAGCCGGGCCGGGAGUGCGGGGCCCCGGCGGGCGCCAUGCGGCCGAGGUGAAACCCUCCGCUCGCCUCGCGCUCCCUGGGCUGCGUGCGGCGCCCGCCCCGCUCGGGCCGCUGGAGCGAGCCCGCGGCCGGGACCCAGCGGGACGCCCCGGGCCGCGGCAGGAGGAUGAGCGGGCAGCGAGUGGAUGCCAAAGUGGUGAUGCUGGGGAAGGAGUAUGUGGGCAAGACCAGCCUGGUGGAGAGAUACGUCCACAACCGCUUCCUCGUUGGACCCUAUCAGAACACGAUCGGGGCUGCGUUUGUGGCCAAAGUGAUGUCAGUCGGGGGCCGGACAGUAACCUUGGGGAUCUGGGACACGGCUGGGUCGGAGCGGUACGAGGCCAUGAGUCGGAUAUACUACCGAGGGGCCAGGGCUGCCAUUGUGUGUUACGAUCUCACAGAUAGCAGCAGCUUUCAGCGAGCUAAGCUCUGGGUGACCGAGCUGCAGAACUUUGAGGAGAACUGCCGGAUCUAUCUGUGUGGCACCAAGAGCGACCUGUUGGAAGAGGACAGGAAGAAGCGGGGCAUUGACUUCCAUGAUGUGCAGGAUUACGCAGACGAGAUUAAGGCUGAGCUCUUUGAAACCUCCAGUAAGACAGGCCAGAGCGUGGAUGAGCUGUUUCAGAAGGUGGCUGAGGAUUAUGUCCAGCUCAUGGCCUUCCAGGUGAUGACAGAGGAUGAAGGUGUAGACCUGAGCCAGAAGAACAGCACCUACUUCUACAGCUGCUGCCACCACUGAACGCGCCCCCUGCUGCCAACAAAAACCAGCCCGCUGGGUUCGCAGUGCCUGCCCUUCGGACUGUUUGUUUUCUGCCUGCUGUACGUAAGCUGUAGGGAAUGCCUGGCCCCUGGCAGCAUGGAGUACGGGAUCCCCCAUGCCUGGCUCUCCCCUCCACGGGACGUGACAAGCAAAGGAGAUUCAGACUCUGUUCCACUUUCGGCAGGACUCAGCUGCCUUGUGAUGGACACCAGGUGCCCGCACCUUAGUGAAGAGUGUUUGGAAUAGCUGCUUUCCCCAGCUGGUCCUUGCAGCUCAGGUCACGUCUAGCUGUGGCCAAUGUGUUCCCUGGGAUAUGUUGCCUGAUUCUUUGUAGGUUAUUUAAAUGGCUUCUGUUAAGUUAUAUAAAUGUAAAUAAAGUGCAUUGUGAUCCAUGAGGCCGGCUGGGUGUUUUGGGGAAGCCA